AAGCCACCCCGCGCUGGCCCGUGCGUGCCACGCAACAUUUUGUACUGUACACAGCCACCACAAAAGAGAACAAAGGACCCUGGAACAAGUGCUCGCACUCAUCCUCGGAGCACCAUCUACGGUCUUCGUUGAAAUCGAGGCAGGCUUGCAGCACUCAUGGUCGAGAUGUCAGAAGGCUCGACUUCUCAAGACACUGGGCCGCGCGGCGUCCUAAUUCAAGAGAUACCCGGUGUCAAAGUUCUCCAAUCAUUCCAAGGAGAUCCGGAUGUCGAACUAGCCCAAGGAUCGCUCCGGGUCCUGCUGGUGACUGUCAAUGUCGACAAUCCCUUUGAUGAUCCCAAAGUUGCGCCCAAGGAAAAGGGCAAGGCAGAUGUGGCUACGGACAUUUGGGUGGUGCUGGAGAUCGAAAGCGGCUUCUCGCUGCCAAUCAAGGCCAGCCAGCGCGUUGUCCCGGAACGCUCAUCGUCUUCCUACGUCCUCCCGUCAUCCGACCUGCCUGGAGCUUCCAUUCGACUGCAGCUGCUUAGCAAGGAAAAAAGCGACGUUGAGUUCUUUGAAGAGAUCCUUUCCGAGUACUGCGCCUUUCACGAUGAUGCCACCGGAAAGGGCACUAUCGAGCUGCUCGACGAUCAUGGCGAUCUUCUUGGCACAAUCGAUGGACCCUGGCAGCUCAAAGAAGAUCCGAAGAUGCGCGUCGCCGGCCACGAAAAGGACCCUGUCUUGCUCGAGCUGCCUGAUGAAAAGACAGAGUACAAAGCAGACGAAGCUGUAACCGUCACAACCGUGCCUCGAGAUGAGAGUGGCCAGCUCUCCAAGCAGUACAAGGACGAUUGGCUCCUUAAAGGCGCCGACUUCAUCUCAAGGACCGUUGUCAAGGGAUCGACCUGGGCGGGCGAGAAGAUGCUUGGGGCCGCCGAUUCAUACGUCAACAAGUCGACGCCUGCACCUGCCAACGACGCAGCUGUCCAGCGCUCUAACACAGGCAUUAGUACAACUACCCAAGCCAGCACCACGUCAAGUCGGCCUCCCAUAACAUUCAGCCCUCGAACACACAAGGCGGCAGAGAGGCUCAAUCGGUUCAGCGGAGGUGCCGCGCGGGUUAGCAACCAGACUCGCGACGCUAUCUUGUCGGUGGCAUCUGGCGUCGGCGACCAGAUUGGCAAGAAGACUGGAAUACAAGCUAAGCCCAGAGCAGACGGACAGCCUGGAGAGCCCCCAAAGGGCUUUAGAGGAGCGCUCAAUCGCAGCCUCAUCGCCGCCAAUGUGGUCCUCGACGGCCUGCUUGAAGGCACCGACAACCUGGUGCGGGACGGCGGACAGGCAAGCUCGCGGGUCAUUGAGCACCGAUAUGGUUCGGAGGCCAAAGUCAUCAGUGGCAACACUGCUUCCAUUGGUCGCUCCGCCUAUGUCAUCUACAAGGACAUCAACGGUGUCAGGCGCAAGGCCUUGCUGAAGAUUGCUACGGGUACCAUUGUUGCUAAGGCGCCUGACGGCAGCCAGAUCGUCCUUCAACAACAACAACAGAGUGACCCUUCUUCCAUCACCAACCAUGCAAGUGGCAGCGGCUCACACAGCCCUGCACCUCCGGGUUACGAUGACGACUACAAGGGCAAAGAUAUAGAAAAGCGGUGAGCUUCGCUUGUCCAUUUCAAUUCAAAGUCUCCUCUCUCUCUUUUUCCCCUCCUCUCGCUCGUGUUCCUUCCCUGUAUCUACCUCUCUUCCUAUCACAAAAGAGGUCCUGCUCUGAGCACACAGUUGAAAGUCUGUGUGCCAGACCGGUGACUUCCUCCAAUCUAUCGAAUCAAGAAUCUGCGCAGGAAUCACAGACUCACGAAUUGGACC